AUGCCUAUCAGCGCAAUUAUCGGUCCCUCGAGUACAAUCAUCGUCGGACUCGCCAAUAGCAGCACCUCUACGCCCUCAAGCACGAGCUCCUCGUCUCCCACCGCGAGCACGAGCUCGCCAGUCAUCGUAGACGGUCCAGCACCGAAUCUACCCUCGUCUUCUUCGCCCAGCUUGACGUCCUCACCGGCCACUGAAACGACAGCGGCCGCAAGCUCGCAAGCGACUACGACUGCGCAAGCACAAGGAACCCCUGCAGGUUCCAUUGCGGGUCUGGUCAUUGGUCUCCUGCUCCUCGUCGGUCUCAUCCUCUUUGGUGUACGCUGGUUCUUUAUCCGUAAGCGCGAACACAAGACGACACCCGCACGCUCGCGCAUUUCGCGUCUAAAUAUUUCUGGCCCGUCUAAUUUUACGCACCUGCAAAGCGGUGCAGCUGUUGGCAUGGCGGGCACUCACACCACAGUUGGUGCAGGAGCAGACAGAAUUAACGCGCAAACGGCACCAGCCAGCCAGGUCAGCAGAUCCGCGGCAACCACGGAUCCAAACGCGGCUGCGGCUAGCCCAUACGACCGUAUCAAGCAAAAGUAUUCUUUUGACCUCAACCAGCUAGAGACGGGCUUUGUCCUUAUUCUCGGGUUAGAUGGAGCCGGAAAGACGACGUUUCUGGAGAAUGUCAAGAGUCAGUACAACAAGACGGAAGGCAUUCACCCCGACAAGAUUGGUCCUACCGUCGGCUUGAACACGGGCAAGAUUACGCUCCCCUCGACCAUUCUCAACUUUCAGGACUUGGGUGGUCAGAGAGCGCUACGCGGGCUAUGGCAUAGAUACUUUGAACAGUGUCACGCCGUGGCAUAUAUGAUUGAUGCGAGCAAUCCUGAUCGACUAGACGAUGGAUGGGUCGUAUUCGACGAAGUCCUCAGCUCUCCGCAGAUAUCCGGUGUUCCUCUCCUUCUGCUCGCAAAUAAACAAGACGCAGAUGGGAGUCUCACCGUCGAGCAGAUUCGCGAAAACUAUGAAGAGUGGUGGGCGAGGAAGCAGGCAAACUGCGUGCGCAAGGGUUACAGCCAGACACAGAGGACACGAGACGUAUGGGAAGCUUGGAUGUCAUGGGAGUUUCAGCACUCAAAGGGUGAAACCGGGGUGCGAGAUGCAAUAGAUUGGAUAUACAUUCGUGUACAGAAUAGUCGGAAACGUGACGAGGCUGAUUAA